AUGCCACUUCCAACAAUCGACCCGCCUCUGCUUAACAGCGCCAAUCCAUGGUGCAGCACGCGAGAAGAUCUCGAAGCACUGUACGCAUGCCCACACACGGGUGCCGUAACGACAAGAACCAGUUUGCUGCUCGGCUUCCCACACGACCCGUCCAUUCACCAGCAUGCUUUCUUCUCCACGCAAUCGCAGACGGCUACCACGGCGCCAGACUACACCAUCAGCGGGAAAGAGUACCCAGCAAGUCUCAACACACUUGGCUACUCGCCCACACCCAUAGAUACCUAUCUCACCUGGAUCGAGCACAUCGUUGAUGCUUCUCCGCACAAAAGACGCAAGCCAUUUAUCGUCUCCGUCACAGGCUCGCCCAAAGAGGUUGCAGAGUGUUAUAGCCGAGUCGCCGCACUCGCUGCCCGGAUCCCGAUACCCCUCGCUGUCGAAGUAAAUCUCAGCUGCCCGAAUAUUGCGAACAAACCGCCACCAGCAUAUUCUGGUUCUGCUCUGAAAGAAUACCUUGAUGCGUUGAGGGACAUACCGCGGACAGUGUCAUUGGGGCUCAAGACACCGCCGUACACAUAUGCCGGUCAAUUCAAGACAUUGAUAGACACUCUACGUGAGAAUGGGCCAUCACCAAUCGAUUUUAUAACUGCUACAAACACGCUGGGCUCCUGUCUUGUACUGGGACCUGAGCAGAAUCGACCUUUACUUCCAUCAGCGGCAGGCACAGGAAUCGGAGGACUUGCAGGUGAGCCCUUGCAUCCACUAGCUCUCGGAAACGUCUCCACGCUACGCCAGUUGCUUGAUGAGCAUGUCGAGCUACGCGAUAUUGAUAUCAUCGGUGUUGGUGGAGUCAGUGAUGCUGCCGGACUAUCACGUAUGCAAGCUGUGGGAGCCAAAGUCGUAGCCGUAGGCACAGCUCUGGGCAGAGAAGGCCUACCAGUGUUUGCUAAAAUCCUGCACGGUACGAAGACUUCGAAGCUAUGA